AUGCAGGUCCCUCUCAUCCGUCUGCAGUGCGGCGUCAACUCGUACGAAUGGGGCAAAAAGGGGAGCGAGUCCGCCGCCGCCAGAUUCGCCGCUGCCACGCCCUCAGACAAUCUGUCCAUCCAGGCCGACAAGCCCUACGCCGAGCUGUGGAUGGGCACUCACCCCUCCAACCCCUCCAAAGACCUCACCACCGGCCGAACCCUCCUCGAUCUCUGCGCCGAGAACCAGCUCCUCCUCUCCCAGCCCGUCGCUUCCAGAUAUGGCUCCAAGCUGCCCUUCCUCUUCAAGGUCUUGUCCAUCAACAAGGCCCUCUCCAUCCAGGCCCAUCCCAACAAGAAGCUCGCCGAGCAGCUCCACGCCCGGGACUCCAAAAACUACCCCGACGACAACCACAAGCCCGAGAUGGCCAUUGCAAUCACCCCCUUUGAGGGACUCUGCGGAUUUAGGCCUCUGGGAGAGAUUGCCCACUUCCUGGAGACGGUGAAGCCGUUGAGGGCUCUGGUCGGAGAGAGCGAGGCGUCCCAGUUCGUGGAGGCUGCCAAGCAAGAGGGUGGCGACGAGGCGGCCAAGAAGAAGGCGCUGCAGGCGGCGUUUGGAGGAUUGAUGUCGUCCUCUCCCGAAGACAUUGACAGAGAAACCGCCAGCCUCGUUGCGCUCGCCGAGUCUGGGGGCGCCGACUUCGCUGCCGGUGGUGUGUCAUCCACAAAGGGCGCCGUCCUCGCCGAGCUUGUCACUCGCCUCAACGGCCAGUUUGGCUCCGACAUUGGCAUCUUCGUCCUCUUCUUCCUCAACUUUGUCACGCUACAACCCGGCGAGGCGCUGUUCCUCGUCGCCGACGACAUCCACGCCUAUGUCUCCGGUGACAUUAUCGAAUGCAUGGCAGCGUCCGACAAUGUCGUCCGUGCUGGUCUUACACCCAAGUUCAAGGACGUACCCACCCUGGUCGACAUGCUCACCUACAACUAUGCGCCCAUCGACGAGCAAAAGAUGACUCCUACCGAAUAUCCCUAUGCGACGCUGAACCGAACCGCCUACAGCUCCGGGUCUUCAGUCUUGCUGUACGAUCCUCCGAUUGAGGAGUUUAGCGUUGUGCGCAGUCUGCUUCGCGGAGAGGGAGCCAAGGCCACCUUCGACCCCUUGGAGGGCCCCAGCAUCGUCAUCUGCACCGGUGGCAAGGGCACAAUCGCCGUGGGACCGACAAAACAGGAGAUUCAGGAGGGUUACGUGUUUUUCGUCGGAUCUACCGCGGAAUUGGUGCUGGAAUCCGCAGUCGGGCAGGACGAGGAGUUUACCACGUUCAAGGCGUUCUGCGAGAUUGACGCAUCCGGAAAGUAG